AUAGGGGUGUUCGCAGUUCGAAAAGCCAAGUAUUUAUUCACAUCGCUUGCUGUUCGCAUCGCAUCGCCAGACUUAUUUUCCACAACAACCCAAUCAAAAUGAGUUCCGCUGAGUACUACCCAUUCAAGUGCACCCCCACCGUCUACCCGGCGGAUCCCUUCGAUCCCGUCGAGGAUGCGGCCAUUCUGCGCAAGGCGAUGAAGGGUUUCGGCACCGACGAGAAGGCCAUCAUCGAGAUCCUGGCCCGGCGUGGCAUCGUCCAGCGCCUGGAGAUCGCCGAGGCCUUCAAGACCUCGUACGGAAAGGACCUGAUCUCGGACCUCAAGUCCGAGCUGGGCGGCAAGUUCGAGGAUGUGAUCCUGGCGCUGAUGACGCCGCUGCCGCAGUUCUAUGCCCAGGAGCUGCACGACGCCAUCUCGGGUCUGGGCACCGACGAGGAGGCCAUCAUCGAGAUCCUCUGCACGCUGUCCAACUAUGGCAUCAAGACCAUUGCCCAGUUCUACGAGCAGAGCUUCGGCAAACCGCUGGAAUCCGACCUGAAGGGCGACACCAGUGGCCACUUCAAGCGGCUGUGCGUUUCGCUCGUCCAGGGCAACCGCGAUGAGAACCAGGGAGUGGACGAGGCGGCGGCCAUUGCCGAUGCCCAGGCUCUCCACGAUGCCGGCGAGGGACAGUGGGGCACCGAUGAGUCCACCUUCAACUCGAUCCUGAUCACCCGGUCCUACCAGCAGCUGCGCCAGAUCUUCCUCGAGUACGAGAACCUGUCGGGCAACGACAUCGAGAAGGCCAUCAAGCGGGAGUUCAGCGGCUCCGUGGAGAAGGGCUUCCUGGCCAUCGUCAAGUGCUGCAAGUCGAAGAUCGACUACUUUUCGGAGCGCCUGCACGACUCCAUGGCCGGCAUGGGCACCAAGGACAAGACGCUGAUCCGCAUCAUCGUCAGCCGCUCGGAAAUCGAUCUGGGUGACAUCAAGGAGGCAUUCCAGAACAAGUACGGCAAGAGCCUGGAGUCCUGGAUCAAGGAGGAUGCCGAGACCGAUAUUGGAUAUGUUCUGGUCACCCUCACGGCUUGGUAGACGGAUGCAUCCGGAUAUAUAAAUUCCCACUGCUAAAGUAGAAAAUGCCAAAAACAAAAAACAAAUACUUUGCAUUUCCCUAAAAAGAAUAACAAAAGCGGAGAACAAAUGAAAUUAUCUAAAUACUGUUGUGAUGUGUUCGAAAUACCCAAUCUAUGAGAAACCUUUAGUAUUUACCCUCUGUGCAAUAACGUCCAAGUCGAUUUGUUCGACGCAAGAUUAUUUAACAUUUCUACGUAUUUUAUUUUGUAUACAUGUCCUUUUAUUGUAAAUUAUUCUGCAUCGAACUCGUAUGUAUAGUUUGUGCUUGUAUUAAAUAAUAAAGUUGGCUUACAUUCAACGGCAAA